AUGACCACCAAAGACCGCGAAUGUGACUCAGACUCGGACCUAAACGAGGAAUUCGAAGACGUCCCCGGCAUCCAUGAGCACUCAACUAACCCCAACCCCAAUACCAAUUCAAACGGCUUCUUUUCAGCUCAAUCCACGACAAACUUGAACAAGACCAAAUCAUGGACACCAACCCUAAACCUACCACCCCAAAAACCAACCCCUUCCCCAGGCUCAGAAGAAGAAACCCAACUCCGCGGCCGCGUAAGCGCAGCCAUCGAGCGCAUAACAUACCGACAAAUGAAAUCCGAGAUGGGAAUGGAUGCACCAGACACCCACGUCUCGCACCGGCGGUAUGAAAAUUUUGCCGAGUUCGCUGCUGAUGUGGAUGCGUUGAUUGAUUUACUUUGGGGAUCUGCUUCUCCCUCAAUCCAAACCGAAAGCCUAAUAACGCUCGCGGGAGUUACCGAAACAGCCCUACCAACACACCCAUUCGACGGGCCAUCCGCUUUAACCCUCCUGCAUAAAUUCGACGAGGUCUUCGUCGCGCUCUGCACGGGUAUUCAUCCGUUGACGCGGGAACCGCUCCGGGAAGCACAGACGGGCCGUGGCCCCGUUCUGGUGACACAGACGCAAAAGGUGCGGAUUCGGAGUCUUGCGGAGACGACGCGGUAUAAGGUUUUUUCUGUACUACCUGUGGGAGAAGACGAUGAGGAAGGGGAGGAGGAGGAAGGGGCUGGCGAGCAGCCGUGGGUUUUGGAGGCGACUAGGGUUUAUGAUCGGACGUUGAUGUUGCUUGCGGAUGAUGAUUAG